ACCCGUUGCCAGAGACGGCAUGCUUAGUUCGCAUAGUAACUGAUAUGGAGUCGCACACAGACAUCCUAAACGGCAAGGCCGUGCUUCAAACCUGAUUACUAGCAACUUGCAUUGUCUGCAAUUGAAGCUUCAACGUAUCGCGGCUUUCGUUCCUGCUUGCUCCGCGAACUCACCCUUCCGAUCACCCUUGUGCUUGCGCCAACUUUAACACCGCGGCCAUAGGAAGGCAAUAAAUAGCGUUAGCUAGUCAUCGGGAACGAUGACGCGGUUGGCUGGGCGAGCCGGGAGUGGUAGCGCGGCGAUGGUGUUGCUCCCGGGUGUCCUCGCGCUCCUUCUGGUCAGCGAUGCGUGGGCACAAGUGACCUCCCCAAUCGCUUACGACACCCAGGUCAAGGCCGAGCAGGCCGCCACCGGCAACAAGUACCGCGAGCGCAAAGCGGACAUGGACAAGGAGGGGGACAUCCAGCACGAGGGCCCGGUGCCCGGUGCCUCCCGCUGCGGGCGCCACCGCCUGGACCUGUCCUGGAUGAGUGAGGCCACCAGCAGCGUGUACGCCAGCCCGCUCAUCACCGACCUGCACGCAGACGGCCGUCGCGACAUCAUCGUGCCCGCCUUCGUGCACUACCUGGAGGUGCUGGAGGGGCCCAACGGCGGCCAGGCGCCGGGCGGCUGGCCCGCCUUCCACGCCUCCUCCGUGCACGCCUCGCCGCUGCUGUACGACAUUGACUUUGACGGCGUGCGGGACGUGCUGCUGGCCACGUACGACGGCCAGGUGCUGUUCUACAAGGACACGGGGGACAAGAUGCACGAGGGGCUGCAGAUCAGCCGGCUGCGUGUGCGCAAGGACUGGUAUGUGGGUCUGGACCCCAACGACCCCUUCGACCACUCCCACCCGGACGUGGGCGACAGCGACGGCGGCCGCGGGGCCCGUGGUACCGGAGCCAAGCGCAUGGGCGGAGGUGGAGGCGGAGGUAACUCGGAGCCCGGCAGCGGCGGCAGUGGCGGCGCCAAUUACUCGAGUGGCUUCAAGUCGCGUGACGGCACGCCCUUUGCGGGGGGCGUGGCUGUGACGGGCAUGAGCGAGCGAGUCAAGAAGUUCGUAAAGCAGAUCUCAGAGUACAGGUCCAAGUACGGCGACGCGGCCGCCGACAAGCUGAUGGCCGAGGCGCGCGUCACCAACGCCGUGUUCUACGAGGCGGUGCUGCAGGCGCUCAAACAGACGGACGUCCCCGGCUCUGGCACCUCCAGCGGCACCGGCGCCUCCAGCGGCACCGGCGCCUCCAGCGGCGGAGCUUCAAGCGGCGGCGGCGGCGGCCGGCGGCGGCUGAUGGCGGCUGACGGCGCCGGUGACGCGGCCGGUGCCGGUGCCGGUGCCAGUGGGGACUCGGCUGCUGCUGCUGUCGGGUCUGGCGGCGCUGCUACGGUGGAGUAUGCGGGUGCGGGUGACGCGGUCAGCUCUGAGGCGGCGGAGUCAUUUGACAUUUUCUCCAACGCCCAGGAUCAGGGUGACCUGUAUGACGCGGCGCUGGGCGACAGCGGCGCCAUUGACGCCGCGGACCUGGAGGCGGAGGAGGCCAUGAGGGCGGCGGCGGGGGACGGUGACGGCGCGGAGGCGGCACUGGCGGGCGGCGACUCGGCGGGCGAGGGCGGGCUGGACGGCUUCCUGGACCGACUGCAGUACGACGAGUUUGGUGAUCUGGAGACCACAGUGGAGUACAACAUAGCCCGGGCGGUGGCGGAGGCGCACGAUCACGGCUUCGACUCCCACGGCGCGGGUGACGGCGGCGACCUGAGCUCUGACCGCUACCACCACCUGUACCUGGGCGACUACGUGGGCGGAGCCGCAGGGGGGGCGGCGGGGCUGGGCGGCAAGGGCUGGGGCGACGAGGAUUUCAUACAGCCCGCACACCCCGACUCCGCCGGCGGCUCCCACGUGUGGGUGGACCCUCACGUGAUGACCACCCCCGCCAUCGCGGACAUCGACGGCGACGGCCACGACGAGCUGGUGCUGGCGGUCAGCUACUUCUACGACAGGGAGUACUAUGAUGACCCGGAGCACGCCAAGGACCUCAAGGGUAUUGACAUUGGCAAAUACGUUGCCAGCGGCAUAGCGGUGUUCGACCUGCGCACACGCACUGAGAAGUGGGUGCAGCACCUGGACCUCAGCACAGACGCCACCACAUACAAGGCCUACGCCUACUCCAGCCCCACGCUGGUGGACCUGGACGGCGACGGGCGGCUGGAGGUGGUGGUGGGCACCUCCAUGGGCUUUGCGUACGUGCUGGACUGCAAGGGCAACCCGCUCCCCGGCUGGCCCAUCCAGAUGGGUGAGAUCCAGGCUCAGCCGCUGGUGGCGGACAUCAACAACGACGGCGAGCUGGAGGUCUUCGUGGCCGACAUGCGCGGCAACCUGGCUGCCUUCAGCCCCAAGGGCGAGGAGGUGUGGGAGCGCCACGUGCACAGCGCAGUCAGCCAGGGCGCGGUGGCGGGAGACGUGGACGGCGACGGACAGCUAGAGGUGGUGUUCGGCACUGCCAGUGGCCACGUGUACGCACUGGCCGGGUCCACAGGUGCCGACAUCCCUAAGUGGCCCUACCGUGCACGUGGCAGGGUGCAGGCCCCGGUCACCCUCAGCCACCUGAUGGAGGGCAGUGGGCUGCAGGUGCUGGUGCCGGCCUUCGACGGCUUCCUGUACGUCAUUGACGGACUGCAGGGCUGUGCUGACGUGGCCGACCUGGGCGAGACCUCCUACGCGGCUGUGCUGGUGGACGACCUGGACGGCGACGGCCUGUUGGAGCUGCUGGCCACAACCAUGAACGGCAACGUCUACGCCUUCGAGACCGGGGCGCCCUACCACCCGCUCAAGACCUGGACCUCGCAGGUGUUGGGCCCCAACGGCCAGGUGGCCCGCUACGGCUAUGUGGGCAUCGCCGCCUCCCCCGCCACCCGCCAGGCGCGCGACGUGGCGGGCGAGCGGCUGCAGGUGGCGUUCGAGGUGCUGGACAAGCGGGUGGCGUUUGCGGACAACGGCACACUGCUGCCGGGCGGCAGGGGCCCUUACAACGUCACCGUGGUGCUCAAGGGUGUGGGUGUGCGGGAGAUGGCCUCUGGCGACGCCCCAGUGGUGGGCGUGGCGGACUCCUUCCCGGGGCCGGGGCGCUACGUGGUGGACAUACCUUGCCCCAAAAGCCAGGCCUCUGCGGUGGUUCGGCUGGAGAUGGUGGACUCCAGCGGGCUGCUGUACAGCGACGAGUUCGCGCUGUCCUUCCACAUGCACUUCCACCGCCUGCUCAAGUGGGCGGUGGCGCUGCCGCUGGGGCUCAUGCUGGCGGUGCUGGCGGCGGUGGCGGGGCCGGCGGGGCGCACGCACUCCGCCUGAGUGCCGCUACCUUGUAGCGUUGGUCAACUUGGACUUUGUAGGAAGUCAGGGAUUGCCCAGCAUAUGCACGUGUGUUGGGACCAAGGCAAGGCAGGGCGGUGUGAAUCGGAAGCUUCAACUCGCAGUGGUCAGGAGUGAGCCGGUCGGAAAGGCUCUGACUAGGUGGCAUAGCGCUGGGGAUGACGCGAGGCGACAGACGUGUGGUGUUCCCGCCGGUGGUGUUGGACUGACGUUGAAUGCCGUACGGUACAGGGCAAGGUGCGGAUCAGGGGAAAUGAGUGUUAGCAUGUGUGUUAAAGAGCACAACAAAUAAUAAAGCGCAAGACAGUGUAUGCGGUACAGCAACGCGACGGCAGUACGGAUGCUACCUGAAAUGACCUCGCAUACCUGCUGAGCUGCCACCGGGCUUACCACCCUUGUGUGUGUGUGAGGGGGGGGACAGUGUCACUGCACCAGUGGGCUGCUGCCUGGGAAAGCAGCGCGGAGAGGCACGCCGAGCCAUGACCAGCUGCGAUGUAACACGAGCGGGCUUCGCCCCGUGGUCUGAUUAC